GUUCAGAGAGGCACAGAGCAAGGGGAGCUGAGGCAGAGGGAGGAGGCUGCAUAGGCAAGUCCAGUCCUCAGCUGUGAAGGCCAGCUUUCAAGUCCACCAUGGAGAGUGAUACUCCCAACCAGGCUGUGUUUGGCAAGGUUGAGUUCACUGGAGAGGAGCAGAUGGCCAUACAGAAUAUAUUGCGACAGAAACUUGGGCAGUCUUUUAUCAGCCAGCGAUCAGGAGCGGGAGGCCAGCGUAUUGCAUAUAUAGAAGGCUGGCGCCUCAUAUCUUUGGCCAAUGAAAUUUUUGGCUUUAAUGGAUGGAGUCACUCUGUUACUAACCAGACUAUUGAGGAAGCAGUUACAGAUGGCAUGAAGCGUGCUCUUAAAAGUUUUGGCAAUGCCCUGGGUAACUGCCUGAGCAACAAGGACUACCUACGCUUCAUUGGUAAAGCUCCUGCUGCCCCUGUUCCUGGGAUCACUGCAGGGGAGUUACUACACCAGGAGACAUCAACAGGCUUAGAGCAGAUUCGAAGGAGAGCCUUAGAAGAAGGCCGCUUUGGGAUUCAGAAAACAAGAAAGGAUCAGGGAGCCAUUGCUUCUCAUUCAGCAAAUUCCAGCAAAGCAAAUGUGGCUGUUCCUCCCGCAAGCAAAAUAUCAUCACACCAAGAAAAACCUAAAGGAAAUAGUAAUGCAAGCUUGAUAAGCAGCAAUAACAAUGCAAGUGAUAAUAGAGGAAAUCAAAACUAUGUAGGGAAGACAGAACAGGCAGACUCCUCAUCAGCAAAAUGUGUAAUACAGAACAAGGUUUCUGAUCAGCAAGGAAAUGCCAUUUCACUGAUGAAUAAAACCAUGAUAGCAAUGAAAUAUCCAUCAGAUAAUAUUAGUUCAAACCAUCCCAUGAAAAUCUGCAUUCCCAUUAAAUCUGAGUCUCCAUCAGCAGCUAAUCUCAUCAACUCUACUAUUUUUAACAAGAUUUCUUCCCCGCAAAGUGGGAACUCAGUCAGUGAGAAACCGUUUAUCAAAACAGAACAGGCACAUCCAGAAGUAAAAAUGAAUGAGAGAAAAAAACAGAACACACAUACAUCUACAAAUGAACAAACAGAGGUGAAGCCCAGUGUCAUGCCACCAUUGGAAGCACACAACACCCCUUACCCAGAACAGCCAGACAGGGUCAGCUCACCAAAUUCCUUUGUGGGUUUUACCAAGGACAUGAUUGUCCAAUCACCGGCAAAGUCAGGUGAGAAUAAUCUGCUCUCAGAUGAGGAAAAAAGAUUGGAAAGAAAAAGGAAGCAGAAGGAAAAGCAACAAGAAUUCAAAAGGAAAAUGAAAGGAAGCCAACAGUCCCUGGACACUUCAUCAGCCAAAGUGAAUGGGAGCAGUGCAAUGCUGGACUCCAACUUAUGGGGAGACAAUGAAGAUAUAGUUGGAGAAGAUGACCCAUCAUUUUGGUCAAGUUUGAUGACUCAGCAGUUAACUGAAGCCCGUGAGGAAGAGAAGCGAACAGAAUGCUUUGCCCACUCACUUGGUCUUGCCCCAACCAAAACUAAGGAAAAAUAUGAGAAUCAGCAUGCUACUAUUGGGGCAGUAGGAAAGGCCUCAAGUUCUGCAUUAGACAGCCCUUUA